UAUCAUGGCAGGGACGUCACGACAUGAUCGGGAGAUGGCGGUGAACGCCAAAAAACAGCUGUCUGUUUGCACAGACCCUGUGGAUCGACUGAGGAUGCAGUGUCUCGCACGAGGCUCUUCUGGCAUCAAGGGUCUGGGCAGAACAUUCAGGAUAAUGGAUGAUGACAACAACCGUACAUUGGAUGUGAAGGAGUUUAUGAAGGGGCUUAAUGACUACGGUGUCCUCAUUGAUAAAGAUGAGGCCAUGACAAUGUUUCAACGUUUUGACCGGGACAACAGUGGACUCAUUGACUUUGAUGAAUUUCUCCUCACUCUCAGGCCCCCAAUGUCCAAUGCCAGGAAGGAGGUGAUCAUGCAGGCCUUUAGGAAGCUGGAUAAGACUGGUGACGGGGUGAUCACUAUUGAAGAUCUGAGUGGGGUUUACAAUGCCAAGUACCACCCCAAAUAUCAAAACGGGGAGUGGACAGAGGAGCAAGUAUUCCGCAAAUUCCUGGACAGCUUCGACUCUCCUUACGACAAGGACGGAAAGGUCACCAUGGAGGAGUUUCUCAACUACUACUGCGGAGUCAGCGCCUCCAUCGAUAGUGAUGUCUAUUUCAUUCUCAUGAUGAAAAAUGCAUGGAAAUUGUGAGUUUUAAGUUGAUAACUUUAUGAUGAUUUAUGAUGGACAGUUUUUCAAGGUGCCUUCUUAAACAAAUAUUUCAUUAUAGAAAUCAUGUUGACACCGAAUAUUAAUAAUGUCCCAAUGAUAUGCAAAUGAUUAUGAAUGACUUGUAAAUAUUUAGUGCUGUGUGAAAAUAUGUAUUUUAAUUAUACAGUCACUUUCUCCAGAAACAACCAAUAUUCCGUAUAGUUGAAAUUGAAAUGUGAUGUAUCUGUACAUCUGUGGUCCACAGUUCCGAUGUUAGAUAUAUCUUUAUAAAGACACGGGAAAUCGUAAAGACUGAUGAAUCAAAGUACAGUCAUUUCAGGAGAUGAUGAAAGCAGAGGAAAUGAUACAACUGCAUUUGUUUUUGGAAUUCAUCUGUUUAAUAAAAUUGUUAAA